GUUUCUUACCCUUCUCAUUUGUUAUUUCUCUGAAUUGAAGAAGAGUUUGGGUCUUUGAGGGAGCCUCACACCCAUCUUCUUCUUUUUUCUCUCUGGCCUCUUCUCUCUUCUUCUUCUUCUUCCUCCUCCAUACUAUUCCUACUUCCUUCACCUAUUCCCCUCUUCCAAUGGCCAGAGUUUCCUUAUCUAUCUCCCUCGUUUCCUCACUUAUUCUUUUAUUAAUCUCAGGGAUUAAUGGAGCAUCAUUUACUUUAACUAACAAUUGCGGAUACACAGUAUGGCCAGGACUUCUCUCUGGAGCUGGAACGGCACCCCUUUCCACCACAGGUUUCGCACUUCAAACCGGCGAAUCAAAUACCCUCUCAGUACCAUCUGGGUGGUCCGGCCGGUUAUGGGGUCGGACCCUAUGUAGCCAGGAUUCCACUGGUAAGUUCUCAUGUGUCACCGGUGACUGUGGAUCGGAAAAGAUAGAAUGCACCGGUGGUGCUACACCCCCUGCUACACUUGCCGAGUUCACCCUUAACGGCGCAGGUGGGCUUGAUUUCUAUGAUGUGAGUUUGGUUGAUGGCUAUAACCUGCCUAUGCUAGUAGAACCCCAGGACGGUACCGGUGGGAAUUGCAGCGUCACAGGAUGCGUGGUUGACGUUAACAGUGCUUGCCCUACGGAGCUCAAGGUCACCAGCACUGAAAGCAGCAGUGCCGUAGCGUGUAAAAGCGCGUGUGAAGCGUUUGGUGAUCCACAAUAUUGCUGUAGCGGUGCCUAUGGGAAUCCAAACACGUGCAAGCCAUCUUCUUACUCGGAAUUUUUUAAGAAUGCUUGUCCUCAUGCCUACAGCUACGCCUACGAUGACGGCACCAGUACCUUCACCUGUGCUAACGCGAACUACCUUAUCACUUUUUGCCCCUCCGCUGCCUCUGGCACCAGCCGUACGUCGUCAGGAGGGAGGAAUCCACAGGCGGCGGAUGUUCCGCCGGCGAAUGAUACGACGAUGAUAUACUUGGGUGAUCCAUACGCGAGCGGAGCGUCAUCGUCGAUGUCAAAGGGAAGUGGAAGAGGAUUAGUUAUUGCCGUCGCUGUUUUCGCAGCAAUUGGGCGGUUGCGGUUGCUAUUCUAACUUAUCAUCAUCAUCAUCGUCAUCGCCGAAACUUUUCAGAAGAUGCUUCUAAACCAAUUCUCACUGAGACAUAUACACGCUAAUGCCAACCCUAGAUGAGGGUAGCGGAAUCUGGGUGGGUUACGGGUGGCCCCCCAUGCCCCCACCUCACCUUACAAUUUUAGAAGCUACAACCACCCCUGUCAUUGCAUUGUGGCCCUGCGGGUGGGGUUGACUGAUUGAGCUGAGCUUGGUUUGGUUUGGCUUGAUGGGAAAGUGACCGAGUAACACUGAUGAUGGGUUUUCAAAGUUGUACUUAUUAAGAGGAUAGAAAGAAAAGAGUGUAGGCAAAGGGAAGCGUCAUCAUCCUCCUAACGUUUCCCGAUUUUGGCGAUUGAGAGAGAUGCGAUUUGAAUAGAAUCAAAGACGGCAUGAGUGAGAGAAGGCAACAACUGAAUUGACAUUGUUGGAGAUGCUUCUAUUUUUUUCUUAUAAUUUAUUGCUACAAUAUUAUUCAUUCUAUUAUUUCUUGUAGCUCUAUGAGAUAUAAUAAUUAAGAAAGAAAUGAAGGGAUGAGGUUCAUUUGUUC